AUGUCGCGAAUACCAGCCCCAAAAAGACGCCGUCUGUCUCCUCCGAAAGCAGACGGUUGCACUUCUCCUCCCCCGAAGAAUUACAAAUCGAGCUUUGUCUCUAGUGCCGCCAAAUGGAACCUCGAGCAAGACUACGAACAACGCCCCAGAAAACUGAAAGCAAAGCAGAAAGACAAUGGCAAGCUACCGAUUAGAACCACCGAAGGUUGGGUGGAGCAGGAACCUACAAAGGACGAUAUAGCGAAAGACGAGGAUGCCUCUGAUAGCUUCUUAGGCUCGGGAAGUGAAGGCGAAGGGAAACAUGAAUCAGAAGAGGUCAAAGAGGAGAAGCCAAAGAUCUCGCAACGACAACAGAUUGUCGAAGCUAAGGAAGAGCUGGCAAGGAUAGCGAGUUUGGUCAAUGAGGACCCAGAGGAACACAUUGGAGCGUUGAGGACAUUGGCACAUCUCGCUGCUUCGGAGAAUAACACGGUCAGAAAAUUGGCAUUGGCGACACAAGUGGCUAUAUUCAAGGACCUGAUUCCAGGGUACCGGAUACGACCACUUCCCGAAGAUAACAUGACCGAUAAGGUCUCGAAAGAAGUGCGGAAACUUCGCGCGUUCGAACAGAAGCUGGUGUCGAGCUACCAAGCAUAUGUUCAAGAACUAGCCAAAUUAACGAAGAUCAGUAGCUCUGCACUAUCUGAGGAAUCAACAAGUCUGGCUACUGUUGCUAUGAGCUGCGCAUGCAAUCUGCUGGUGACAGUACCCCAUUUCAACUUUCGAGGCGAGCUAUUGAAGAUUGUAAUCGGCAAACUAAGUACGAAACGGGUCGACGGCGACUUUGUCAAAUGCAGAGAAAGUCUGGAGACUUUAUUUCAGAAUGAUGAGGAUGGAAAUGCUUCACUCGAUGCUGUCACCAUGUUGACCAAAAUGAUGAAGGGCAAGCACUAUAAUUUUGACGAAAGCGUGCUAAACACAUUCUUACACCUCCGGCUGUUGUCCGAGUUCACUUUGAAAGCGUCCUAUCAUUCCAUCGACAAGCCCGCAGUCCAACAGUACCAGGGCAAGAAGAUAAAGGAGAAGCGCGAAUUUCGAUCGAAAAAGCAGCGGAAGCUACUAAAGGAGCGCAAAGUCAUCGAAAAGGAGAUGAAGGAGGCGGAUGCAGUGGUCAGUCAUGAGGAGCGCGACAGGAUUCAAGCUGAGACUUUAAAAAUGGUAUUCGUUGCGUACUUUCGAAUACUGAAGGCGCGGAAAAACAAGCUAAUGGGUGCCGUAUUGGAAGGUUUGGCAAGAUACGCCCAUCUGAUCAAUCAAGACUUUUUUGGCGACAUCCUAGAGGCGCUGAGAGAUCUGAUCACUCAAGCAGAGUUGUCAGCAACGAUUGACCUUGACGAGGAAGAGGACGAAGAUGAAGACGAAGAGUCUUCCCAGCGGAAUGCCACACGAGAGUCGCUUCUCUGCGUGAUUACCGCAUUCGCUCUUUUAGAAGGUCAAGAUGGUGCUAAGGCGGCAUCUACACUCAAGCUCGACCUCAGCUUUUUCAUCACCCAUCUCUACCGCACCCUCCAUCCUGUUUCACUCAAUCCCGAUAUCGAAUUCAGCGCGAAAUCUCUCCAUCUCCCUGAUCCUCACGCCCCAGAUGCCCGAACCCAAAAUACGGCGACAAAUAAGAUCAACGUGCAAACUACGAUCGUGCUACUCAUUCGUUCCUUAUCAUCGGUCCUUCUUCCGCCUGCCGCGCUCCGGGCGGUACCGCCCAUUAGAAUUGCUGCAUUCUGCAAACAACUUAUGAUGAUAUCUCUGCAGCUGCCGGAGAAGUCUUGCAUCGCGAUGCUCGGCCUGAUAACCAAAGUAACGAAGACCCAUGGUCGCAAGAUUGGUGCACUAUGGAACACAGAAGAACGUCGUGGAGAUGGUGUAUUCGAUGCUCUCAAAACGGAUAUCGAAGGUAGUAAUCCUUUCGCUGGAACGGUAUGGGAAGGAGAGAUCUUACGAUUGCACUUUAGUCCCACCGUACGAGAUGCAGUUAUUGGGAUAGAGAAAAACGCUUUAGAAGCGAGAUAA